AACAAAAUCGCGUAGUAUCUAUUUUCUGAAAUCAUCACGUAGUUAACGUAAACUUUACUACCGUAAAGUAAAGAGAAGUUAAAUACAUUAAUAAGAAAUUAAUAAUUAAUAUAGUCUGGAAACUUUAUCGGGCGUUUUGGCCAUUGAAUUUUAUUAGAAAAUUGCAUACUGGGUUUGUAUUUUAUGUAUUUUGUUAGAUAUAUUUGUAACUAGACGCCUAUAAUGUCCUCAAUGGUAAACUUCCUACUUUUAAAAUUUUUUAAUUAAACGAGUUUCUUGCCAUAACACAUUUGAAUUAUUAAAGGAAAUUACUCGUUAUUAUAUCCCCAGCCAGAUAAUUUUGUUCUCCCCUCAUCAUAUUUCUUCAAAGACCAGAAGUUUAGUUGCAUGAACACAAUUUAUUUUCCCUUGCAUGGAAUAUCUAAUAUAUGUAUAAUGGUCGCGCAUUUAAUGAUUCUCGUGAAUGGUAGAAAAUGUGAUAAACAUGACCAUUUCUUGUCUGUAAUAUUGCACUGUCAACGAAAAAUGAUUGCAAAAAGAAACUGUCGCGCAGCAUUUCUUUUUUUUUUUUACUUUAGCUGCAGUACAAUAUCUAUGUAUGUUACUUUACGGUCGGAGUAUACAUUAUCAGAGUGCUUAUGGGAUAUUAAAGUAAUGAGUUUUUUUCGAUUCAUCGUUGUACUAUAUGUGACAUAUAAUAGCGAUUGAUCCACGUGUGUUUGAGUGGGGACGCACUCGUGUGGGGGAUGCACUUGGGGAAACGGACGGUGCUCCUCAUUUCCUUCUCAACUAGAGUAGAGAACAAAUGUGCCGGAACUGAUUUUUAUUUUCUUACGUUUUUAAAGUUAUUUGCAAAUGAUAAUCACAUCUAGUGUUAGUCCAGCGCUGAGAGUUGGCCUUCGAUUUCUUGGCAUGUGGCCGAAUGAUUCAUAUGGUACCAUUUAUUGGCUGAGUUUUACGUUGAGCCUGCUGAUUAUGCAGUACUUCCAAUAUUUGUAUGUACUUGAUCAUUUGAAGAUGAGCGAAUUGUCAAAUCUCGUUGACGGUCUGAUUGUGACUCUAGAUUAUAGUUUGAUGUUGUUUAAAAUAACCAGUCUGUGGGUGCAUCGUCGAGUUUUUCAUAAAAUCCUGGCCGAUAUGGAUAAUGAUUGGCGCGAGUGCAUCAAUAUCGAUGAGCAUUUGUAUAUGAUGACAAUUAAAGCGAAUAUGUCGCAUUUAAUCUCUAAUGCUUUAUUGAGUUUUAAUGCGAUUGUUGCGGUACUUUACCUCCUAGGCGAUUACGUAAUUCAUUCCGUAUUCUUAACUACAGAUUACAAUGACACAUUACGUCAGCUUCCUAUAAAGAUAUAUUUGCCCUUUGAAACUCAACAAUCGCCGACGUUUGAAUUUCUCGUUGCAACAUUAAUUUUACAUGUGACGAUAAAUUCAUGCAUAAUCGCUAUUCUAAAUGGAUUAAUCUUGACAUUGAUACUUCACGUAAGCGGACAAAUUGAUAUAAUGUGUCAUGAAAUCAGAAAUGUAUCUAACAAUAAAUCUACCCUUCUUCGUGAAUCUACCUUACCUUUAUUUGGAAUGCUGAUUGAGAGGCAUAAUAAAAUCAUUGCAUUCUCCAAAAACAUCGAAUCACUUUUCUCCUUUAUUGCAUUAAUGCAGGUUGUUUGGAAUACGUUAGUUAUUUGUUGUCUAGGAUUUGUCAUCAUAAUUUCUAUUCAUAAUGAAACUGGGAUUUUUGUGUUUGUGAAAACUAUUUCUGGUUACUUUGUUAUAAUGAUUGAAGCCUUUGUCUUUUGCUUUGCCGGAGAAUAUCUUAGCUUGAAGGGUAAAUUAAUUGCUAACGCAAUAUACGAAACAAUAUGGUAUGAUAUGCCGUCAGGUCAAAAUAAAAUUAUAAUAUUCAUAAUAAUGAGAUCUCAAAAGCGACUGACGAUUACGGCAGGAAAAAUGAUGGAUAUGUCAUUCGAAACUUUUACAAGUAUGAUGAAGGCAUCAGCAUCAUACGUAUCUGUUUUGAAUGCUAUGUAUUGACACAAAAAAGCGGUAUACAUGUGCUGAAAUAAUAACGUAAUAAUUAUAAAUCAAUAAGUUAAAAUAAAUUGAUA